AGCGACAAAGAACCUGACCUACACACCCAUUGAACAAUUCCUUAAGGACUGAAUUGACCACGCCUUUUUUCUGCCUCCUACCCCUGACUCCGCCCCGGUCGUGUUUUUUUUUUUUUUUCUUUAUUCGCUUUUGCUCUGGCACUUUUUCAUCCUGGGCGGCCACCGUAGGGGACGGUGGCAAGAUGGCAACCUUCGCUUUAGCGCGGGCGGUGAGAGCGGCCUCAGGAAUCUUACGGCCCAUGAAUAUUUUGGCAUCUUCAGCCUAUCAGAACGGUGCCAAGAAUGUCUGUCUUAAUUCUGUACAGUCCACUGCACAUUUUAGUCUUACUGGCACACCAGUUGUUUCUUCUGCUCGACCUGUCACAUCUGUCAGAAAUCUGACAUGUGGAUAUACUGCAACAAUCCUUAAUAGAGUGGCUCCCUCACUUCCCAACAUCCUGACAGUGCCAGUCAGAACUCUAACAUACUGCAGCACACAAAAAGGCAAGAGAAAGACUGUGAAAGCUGUUAUCUAUCGG